UCGUGUCGAGGGAAAUCAAUUCAGACGAAAAUGCGAGCUUCCACGUUGUUAUUUGGCCUGCUGUUAGUGGCCAGUUGCUCUUCGAUAUUAGCAAGGCCGCAGGACAGCAGCACCACUCCUAGUACCACAACAACCACAACAACUACCACAACUCCAAAGCCCGAGGAGUCGUCUACAACCACAACUACAACGGAAAAGCCAAAAUCGGAGUCUACAACGGCCAGUACAACCACCACCAGCACCACCCCCAGUACUACGACUAGUAGCACCACCCCCAGCACUACUACUACCAGCACCACCCCCAGCACUACAACUCCUAGCACCACUCCCAGCACCACCACCACCACCACGACUACUACGACUACGCCUAAACCGGAUGAUGAGGCCUCCAAGCUGUUAGAACAAUGUGCCCAAUUGAGCCACCGGAAAAAGCGCGGUGGUUCAUCCUCUUCCGAAGAAGACGACAGUGGUGAGAAGAAGUCGGCGAAGAAAGAACGUAAGCAGUUGAAAAAGCUUUGCAAGCAGUUAAAGAAGCAGCAGGAACGCAAGCAGGAGAAGGAACAAAAAUCGGCAGUAUCUGAAUUAGCCGAAGCCCUGAGGAACUACAACCAGAAGCAGAAGAACUAAUUAGCCAGUUCCCCUAUAUUUAAAAUAAUUUUUUUUUGUUUCAUAGUGAACUUUAUUUUAUUUAUAAAUAAUAAUUCUAUUAAAAAGGUUAUUCUACUUAAAAAACAGAAAUUUACUGGACAGUAAUUUCUGUAAUUUAAUUUAUGUAAAUCGGAAAACAAUGAACUUGUUUCUUUCUUUGGAGGUAUUGAAAUAUAAAGAACAUGUUUUUGGUUAAAAACAGGAGAUGGUUAUUAAAGAAUUAUAUUGGAGCAACAUUUAAA